CAUGUACCGAGGGAUCAUCCAAAGUGUAGAAAAAGCUUCAUAAGUAAUACGUGCUACCACAUGGGCAUGACGGGCUAACAACACGCCCCCCUCCUUUUGGAGCCAAGAUCAAUGAACAUCAACCGAGACGACACGAUGAUGGCAGUACAGGAAUUUUUUGGUAGAUUUGUUACCAGCGUUGAGAACCUCCGGCCACUCAGCUACACCCCUCCGAACGUCGGCUUUUUCUGCAUUGCCGCAGCUACAUUGAUUGCUUUACUACUCCGCUCUUUGCUGCGAAAGCGAGAUUUCGCGACAUUUGACGAACAUGUCGGAAGCCCUCCAUCAAUGGAGAGCCAAAUCCGCGCGGGAUUCAAGAAGUUCAAACAACCCUUCAUGAUCAAAAUGAAUAUAGGGCCAAUGUUGAUGCUGCAGACGGAGCAUAUCGAUGAGAUCAAAAAUACACAAGCCUUCAGCUUCGCCGACUUCUUUGGACGAAUCUUCUUCAGUUCGUAUCCUGGCUUUGAAGCUUUCGGCCGAUUUGUCGAAGACAAUGUGUUCUCGAAUGUCGUGCGGGUGAAAUUGACCCAAGCACUCGCAAUGUUCACAGAAGAUCUCUCCCAAGAAACGGCAUUUUCGCUGCCAGCAGUCUUUCCGCAAUCAGGGGAGUGGACCGAAAGCAACCUUUACCCAGACUGUCUGGCAUUAGUGACGAGACUUUCAUCCCUGGUCUUCGUCGGACGCGAGUUUGAUAGACUUGACGACUGGCACCGAGUCUCGAACCUGUACGGUUAUCAUUCUACCGAAGCAGCGAGGACUUUGAGACAGUGGCACCCUCUCCUACGGCCUAUUGUGCAUUGGUUUCUGCCCGAGACAACCUUCAUCCGCAAGCUCCUGAAAGAAGCACGCGAAAUCAUCGAACCAGAGGUGGAGAAGAGAAAGAUCGAUCGACGAAAACGUCUCGCGGAAGGAAAACAGCCCCGCAAGUCUCUCGACACGGUGGACUGGUUUGUCGAAUGUGCAGAAGGGCGCCCGUUCGACAUCACCGUGGGUGAAUUGACCCUAGCUGGCGUUGCAAUUCACACAACUACAUUUACCCUUGUCAACGUAUUGCUGGAUAUAUGCACGCAGCCGGACGUCAUAGAGCCUUUGAGAAAGGAGAUCAAGGAUGUGUUGGCUGAGGACGGAGGCCUCAGGAGACAGUCUCUCCACAAGCUUAAGCUGAUGGACAGCUUGUUGAAAGAAAGCCAAAGGGUCAACUCGAUCAGUUCUGUUGGUAUGGGCCGAAUGACCACGGACCUGGUCAAGCUGCACAACGGGAAGAAAAUACAGAAAGGAACGCUCGUCGGCGUCGCGCCUCUCCCCAUGUACGACCCGGUGAUUUUCGACCAUCCCGAACAGUUUGACGCCUUUCGAUUCGCCACCAAGCGCCAGAAGGCCGGUCAGGAAAACAAAUGGCAAUUCACCACGACAUCUCCCGAGCACAUAGGUUUUGGCCAUGGCCUGCAUGCUUGUCCCGGACGCUUUUUCGCCGGCAACGAGCUCAAAAUCGCUCUUGUGCAUCUGCUGUUGAAGUACGAUUGGAAAUUGCCAGCAGGGGAGACACGGCCAGGACUUGUCGACCCGCCGGGUGAGUUCUUCAGGGUUCUGGGCGGACAACCUAGGCUGCUGUUCAAAUCUGUUGCAACCGACGUCAAUUUUUGAGCUUGAUCAUCCUAUUUGUCAGAGAGAAGUUCGAAGCAGCGCCUGAUUACAUCGGCAUAUAACGAAAUCCUUGGCAGUGAGACGUAAUCUAUAUAGCCAUCAU